AUGUCGCAGGCAACAUCUUCCAAGGGGGGGGGGCUAGGGAGGAAAGAGAACAAGGCAAGAGACUCCAGCCUUGUCUUUGAAAGGAGGGCACUCUGGGCUUGCUCUGUUUUCAUAAGCUUAAGGAGACAACACAGAUCUUCUCAGAAAAAUAUAAGCAAGCAGGUGAGUUUCCAGCCUUCCCCGAGGCGGAGAAGGACUCCGGGCUGCCAAGAAGGCGGCUUCGCUCAGCCGCCAGCCUCCUUGGGCUACUUAAGACUGUCUUCCAGCCCCUCCUCCUGCUUCUGCCCCGAGCCUGCCCGGAGGGCUCAACUUCCCAACAAGCCGGGCAGGGUCGGGAGGCUGAGGGUAGCCUGGGCUCCCCCGGAGCCCCUCGCUCUCCGCACAGGCGAUCAGUUUAGCAGGACUAAGUGCGGCUGGCACGGCGCAGGCGGCGACAACUUGCCCGGCUGGACUUUGGUGCUAGGAACUGGGACAACAGAGUGUAGCCGCCCUCACCGAGGCCGGAGCGCAGCUGCCCACCACCCAGCGUGCCAGCAAUGGCUGGGAGCUUCUUCUCGCCCACGGGCGGCCCGCGCGCAGCCGACCCGGGGCCGGCCCUUGGCGGCGCGGCGGCGCGAUCGUCCCACGGGCGACCCCCGAGGCUCGCGGGCCAACUCUCCCUAA